GCGCGGCGCGGCAGUCGGCGGCGACGCACGGGACGAGCCGCGCCGCGCGCCGCGCCAUCGCCGGAGCGGGGCCCGGGGCGUGGCGCUUACGUAAACACGCGUGGCUGGCUGGUCGCGCUACUCCGUCCCACGAGCUCGGCCGGGCCGCAUGGCCCGCGCGCUGCCCUGACCCCUCUAUGUCAGCAGCCCGCGCGCUGCAGCGCCGCCGCUGCCACUGCCAUCGCACCCGAAACGCGCGCUUAUAGGUGACUAUAGUAGCAAGAUAUACAUUCGUUGUCUUCUUGUAGAUAGCGCGAAUGAGCUGGGAUGCGGACGCCUCUAGUAGUGUUGGUGCUGGGCGCGCUGGCAGCGACGGCGGUGGGUGAGCGCGGCGGCGGCAUCAAGGUGGGCGGCGGCGCGGCGGGGGGCGGGGGGCGCGAGGCGGCGCGCGGCGGCGGCGUGCGCAUCGGCGGCGACGGGCUGCGGCGCCCGCGCACGUCCCCCGCGCCCCCGCCCCCGCGCGCCCCCUCCGUCAUCCGCGCCGCGCUCGUCGUGCCCCACAAGGCCUUCGGCGCACGCGACUACACCAAGGCGGAGAAGGCCGCCCUCUCCAAGCUGCCGCGCAAGCUCAAGCUGUUUUCUCAAGUGCGCCUCAACAUUACGCUGUCGAUGCAGGGCCUAACUCCUAGCCCCAUGUCCAUUCUCGACUCGCUAUGUAAGGAAUUUCUCGCAGUGAACGUGUCUGCGAUUCUCUAUCUUAUGAAUCACGAACAAUACGGGCGCUCUACUGCCUCUGCUCAGUACUUUCUGCAACUUGCCGGGUAUCUCGGUAUCCCUGUGAUAGCAUGGAACGCGGACAACAGCGGCUUAGAAAAACGAGCGUCCCACGCUUCGCUGCGUCUGCAGCUGGCGCCGUCCAUCGAGCACCAGACGGCGGCCAUGUUGUCCAUCCUGGAGCGGUACAAGUGGCACCAGUUCAGCGUCGUCACGUCCGCCAUCGCCGGCCACGACGACUUCAUACAGGCCGUGAGGGAACGGGUCUCCGCUGUCCAGGACCGGUUCAAGUUCACGAUCCUCAACGCAGUAGUGGUCAAGAAGCCGGCGGACCUCAACGAGCUGGUGACGAGCGAGGCGCGCGUGUUACUACUAUACGCCACGCGGGAGGAGGCGGCCGAGGUGCUGGCCGCCGCCGCCGACCUGCACCUCACGGGGGAGAACUACGUGUGGAUCGUGACGCAGAGCGUGCUCGGGUCUAUGCAGCAGCCGAAUAAGUUCCCGGUGGGGAUGCUUGGCGUCCACUUCGACACCUCCAGCUCCUCGCUGAUCGCGGAGAUUGCCACCGCAGUCAAAGUGUUUGCUUACGGCGUGGAGUCGUACCUGCUGGAGGCGGACAACGCGCGGCACCCGCUCGGCACGAGGUUGAGCUGCGGCAGCGCGGGUGGGGAGGCGCGCUGGUCCACUGGGGAAAGGUUCUACAGGCACCUGCGCAACGUGAGCGUGGAGGGCGAGGCGGGCAAGCAGAGCAUCGAGUUCACGCCGGACGGCGAGCUGCGCGCCGCCGAGCUCAAGAUCAUGAACCUCCGCCCCGCUAUUGGAGAGCAGCUCCUGUGGGAAGAGAUCGGCACCUGGAACUCAUUCCCCAAAGAGCGCCUCGACAUCAAGGACAUCGUGUGGCCGGGCGGCCUGCACACGCCUCCGCAGGGAGUGCCGGAGAAGUUCCACAUGAGGAUCACGUUCCUGGAGGAGCCUCCGUACAUCAACCUGGCGCCUCCAGACCCGGUCAGCGGCCGGUGCUCGCUCGAUAGAGGGGUUAUUUGCAGAGUCGCGCCUGAAGUUGAAGUCGCUGGCCUAGAAGCCGGCACCGCGCACCGCAACAGCUCGCUGUACCAGUGCUGCAGCGGCUUCUGCAUCGACCUGCUGCAGCAGCUAGCCGAACACCUCGGGUUCACGUACGAGCUGGCUCGCGUGGAGGACGGCCGCUGGGGCACGCUGCACAACGGCAAGUGGAACGGCCUCAUCUCCGAUCUGGUCAACAAGAAAACUGAUAUGGUACUAACAUCGCUCAUAAUCAACUCGGAUCGAGAGGCUGUGGUGGAUUUCAGCGUGCCGUUCAUGGAGACGGGUGUGGCCAUCGUGGUGGCCAAGCGCACCGGCAUCAUCUCCCCGACAGCCUUCCUGGAGCCCUUCGACACCGCCUCCUGGAUGCUCGUGGGAGCCGUGGCCAUCCAAGCCGCCACUUUCACUAUCUUCUUCUUCGAGUGGCUGUCUCCAAGCGGGUUCGACUGCUCGUCAGGACGGAAUCCCAAGCAAAUGACUCAGAACCGCUUCUCGCUCUGUCGAACUUAUUGGAUUGUGUGGGCUGUGCUGUUUCAGGCAUCAGUCCACGUGGACUCCCCGCGGGGGUUCACGGCUCGCUUCAUGACGAACAUGUGGGCGAUGUUUGCGGUGGUGUUCCUCGCCAUCUACACUGCCAACUUGGCCGCGUUCAUGAUAACCCGCGAAGAGUUCCACGAGCUCAGCGGGCUGGACGACCCGCGGAUAGCGCGGCCACUGAGCCACCGGCCCACGCUCAAGUUCGGGACGGUGCCGUGGUCGCACACGGACGCGACAUUAGCCAAAUACUUUCCGGAGCCACAUGCGUAUAUGUCCAAGUACAACCGGAGCACGGUGAGCGCGGGGGUGGCGAGCGUGCUUACAGCGGAGUUGGACGCCUUCAUAUAUGACGGCACGGUGCUGGACUACUUGGUGUCCCAGGACGAAGACUGUCGACUUUUGACCGUCGGUUCCUGGUACGCCAUGUCGGGCUACGGGCUGGCGUUCGCGCGCAACUCCAAGUACCUCACCAUGUUCAACAAGCGUCUGCUCGACCUCCGGUCCAACGGAGAUCUGGAGCGGUUGCGCAGAUACUGGAUGACGGGCACGUGCAAGCCGAACAAGCAGGAGCACAAGUCGUCGGACCCGCUGGCGCUGGAGCAGUUCCUGUCGGCGUUCCUGCUGCUGAUGGCCGGCAUCCUGCUGGCGGCGCUGCUGCUGCUGCUGGAGCACGUGUACUUCCGCUACAUGCGCGGCCACCUCGCCGCCUCCAACGCCGGCUCGUGCUGCGCGCUUGUCUCACUGUCCAUGGGACAAUCCCUGUCGUUCCACGGCGCGGUGAUGGAGGCGGCGGCGGCGCAGCGCUACACCGCGGGCGGGCGCGGCCACUGCCGCUCCGCCGUCUGCGCGGCACAGAUAUGGCGCGCGCGUCACGAGCGCGACGCGGCGAUGGCGCGCGCGCGGCAGCUAGCAGCGGCUCUAGCUGCUCACGGGCUGCAGCCGCCGCCGCGCCGGCUGGCCUCGGCCGCCGCGCUGCUGGCCGCCGGCACCGACGCCACGCGGCCGCGCGCGCUCAUGCCGCCCGCGCAUCUACUGCCGGACCUCGACCGCCCGCUGUCGUGUGGAGAUCUACGCGACAGGGAGCGGACGCGAGUCGAAAUGGAAACAGUGCUGUGAGGCGCAUUUUGCGCCACCCUUUUUCAAUUCCUGAAGGCUGUUCUUACACCAAGUUAUACAAGACGAAGUUAGUUAUACUUAAUUUUAAAAAUAUGGACAGUUAAAAAAAGCGUUGUAAUUAUUAAAUAAAUUAUUCCAAUUAUUAAAACAAGAGAGCUGGGUCGUAGAUAGUGAAGCGUUGUUUGGGACGCGCGCGCGGCGCAGGCUGGGCGCCGGACGCGUGUCCUCGUGGUUGUCUACUACAAUAAAUAUAUUUUUUGGAC